CCACACACGCAGCAGCUCCCUCCGCAGCAGGACCGGGGCAGGUUGAUCCUUGGAGGUGAAUCUUGAAAGGCUGAUCAGCUGCCUGACCCUACCGGACCCCCCGCCUGGCACCAGGCAGUGACUUCCCAGGGUGACUCCUAAGGCGGAAGAUGGCUGCCCCAGUGCAGGUGCAGACAGGGCCGCUGCUGCUGGGUCUGCUGCUCCUGGUUCAAGGUGCCCAGGCUGGAGGCUUCCGGGAGGACUUCCGCUUCUGCGGCCAGAGGAACCAGACGCAGAAGAGCAGCCUCCGUUAUGAGCGGUGGACACAGCUGCGCAUCUCCAUCGAGAACUCGGAGGAGGCCCUCACAGUCCACGCCCCCUUCCCUGGAGUCCCCAGGGCUUCCCACUUCUUCCCCGACCCCAGGGGCCUCUACCAUUUCUGCCUCUCCUGGAACCGCCAUGCUGGGGAAUUGCACCUGCUCUACGGCAAGAACGACUUCCUGCUGAGUGACCAAGCCUCCGGCCUCCUGUGCUUCCAGGGCCAGGAGCCGAUCCUGGCCCAGGGCCCCCGGAUGCUCGCCACCUCUGUCAGCUCCUGGUGGAGGCCCCAGAACACCAGCCUGCCCAGUGCUGUCGGCUUCACCUUCUCCUUCCACGGUGGGUCUGUCCCCCCAGAUCCUCCCCACACGGCCUCCCACAAUGCCUCGGUGGACAUGUGCGAGCUGAAACGGGACCUCCAGCGGCUCAGCCAGCUUCUGAAGGCUCCCAGGAAGAUCCCAAGGAGACCCUCGGCCACCCCCGCCCACUCCAGCCAGCAGCUGCAGAGCCUGGAGUCCAAGCUGACCUCCCUGAGGUUCACAGGGGACACGGUGUCCUUCGAGGAGGAGCGGGUCAACGCCACCGUGUGGAAGCUCCAGCCCACAGCCGGCCUGCGGGACCUGCACCUCCACUCCAGGCAGGAGGAGGGGCCGGGGGAGAUCCUGGAGUACUCGGUGCUGCUGCCCCGCGCGCUCUUCCAGAAGACCAAAGGCCGGAGGGGGGAGGCUGCCCAGAGACUCCUCCUGGUGGACUUCAGCAGCCAAGCCCUGUUCCAGGACAAGAAUUCCAGCCAAGUCUUGGGGGAGAAGGUCUUGGGUAUUGUUGUGCCGAACACCAAGGUCGCCAACCUCUCGGAGCCCGUGGUGCUCACCUUCCAGCACCAGCCACAGCCGAAGAACGUGACGCUACAAUGUGUAUUCUGGGUUGAAGGCUCGGCAUUGACCGGCCCAGGGAGCUGGAGCAGCGCCGGGUGCAAGACCAUCAGCAGAGAGAUGCAGACGUCCUGCCACUGCGACCACCUGACCUACUUCGCAGUUCUGAUGGUGGCCUCCGUGGAGGUGGACGCCGUGCACAAGCACUACCUGACCCUCCUGUCCUACGUGGGCUGUGUCAUCUCCGCCCUGGCCUGCGUCCUCACCAUCGCCGCCUACCUCUUCUCCAGGAGGAAGUCUCGGGAUUACACCAUCAAGGUGCACAUGAACCUGCUGCUGGCUGUCUUCCUGCUGGAUGUGAGCUUCCUGCUCAGUGAGCCGGUGGCCCUGACAGGCUCCGAGGCUGGCUGCCGCGCCAGCGCCAUCUUCCUACACUUCUCCCUGCUAGCCUGCCUCUCCUGGAUGGGCCUGGAGGGCUACAACCUCUACCGACUGGUGGUGGAGGUCUUCGGCACCUACGUCCCUGGCUACCUGCUCAAGCUGAGCGUCGUGGGCUGGGGCUCACCAGAAGGCAGGGGAGGGGUGAGCCUCACAGGGUGGGAGAUGGAGUUUCACUCUUUGCUGUCCACAGGCUUCCCCGCCUUCCUGGUGACCUUGGUGGCACUGGUGGACAUUAACAACUAUGGCUCCAUCAUCCUGUCUGUGCAAAGGACCCCAGAGAGUGUCAUCUAUCCUUCCAUGUGCUGGAUCCGGGACUCCCUGGUCAGCCACAUCACCAACCUGGGCCUCUUCAGCCUGGUGUUUCUGUUCAACGCGGCCAUGCUGGCCACGAUGGUGGUGCAGAUCCUGCGGCUGCAUCCGCACACCCAGAAGUGGCCCCACGUGCUGACACUGCUGGGCCUCAGCCUGGUCCUCGGCCUGCCCUGGGCCCUGGUCUUCUUCUCCUUUGCUUCCGGCACCUUCCAGCUUGUUGUCCUCUACUUCUUCAGCAUCAUGACCUCCUUCCAAGGCUUCCUCAUCUUCCUCUGGUACUGGUCCAUGCGGCUGCAGGCCCAGGGCGGGCCCUCCCCUCUGAAGAGCAGCUCGGACAGCACCAGGCUCCCCAUCACCUCGGGCAGCACCUCGUCCAGCUGCAUCUAGGUCGCCAGCCCGCCACCCGGUGUGAGGGAGCAGCGAUGCGGCCUCGCACCACUGCCUGCGCCCCUGCCGCCAGCCCCGGGAUCUCAGAGGGCUGGAGCUGUCGCAUGGCGGCCGGACUCCCAGGCUGGGCCUUCUGAAUUGGCCCUCGGACCACCGGGCUCUUGGGCUCACUCUCAAGGGGCUCAGGAGUGGGACCAUCCUCCUGGCCGCCCUCGCCUGGGGCUGAACUCGCCCGCCCUGGGCUCAGCCCUCGUGGCUGGGGGUUGGGAACCGCAGGCCCCGGAGUCAGAUCGUGGACCUUGGAGGACUGGCAGUCUUUGGCCUCGUGCUUCUGCCCAGGACGGAAGUGGGCCGUGGCUAUCCUGUUUCUGGUGACCAUCCUCCUGGCCGCCCUCGCCUGGGGCUGAACUCGCCCGCCCUGGGCUCAGCCCUCAUGGCUGGGGGUCGGGAACCGCAGGCCCCGGAGUCAGAUGGUGGACCUUGGAGGCCUGGCAGAGUCUUUGGCCUCGUGCCUCUGCCCAGGACAGAAGUGGGCCGUGGCUAUCCUGUUUCUGGCGACCACCAGGAGGGUACUCUGCAGCCCCUGUCAUUUUAACCCAAGGGUGGCACCCAGGGUGAAAGGGAUUGGGGCCGAGCUUCAGACCUCGGCGGGAGGAGACUCCUACCCCCACCCCGACCAGCAGCAGCUGCCCUGCGGCUGAGCUCAGGGCUUUGUGCUCUGUCAGCUUCCCAACCCACCCUCUCCCCUCCCCUGUCCUCCACGCACAGCCCGGGGUCCCCAAUUCUAAUGGUGUGUUUUGGGUCGUGGUUCCCCAGAGCUGCCCUGUGCCUGCUGUAAACCUUUACCUACUGCACGGGCCUUUGCGGGCCCCUGACUCAGGCUUAGGAUAGGUGUUCUGGGCUAGUUCCGUUUGUCCACCUGGGCCUCUCUAUAAGCUGCAUCACCCUCGUUCACUGCCAAGCCCAUACCUCUUGGGGGACCUCAGCCUCCCCAAGGCCUGCUGGUGGCAGGAACCAUGGCCCAUGGUGGAGUAAGUCUGUUUCCACCCCGGCACCCUGCAGACCGAGGCAUAUCUCAGCUGGUGACACCGGCCUAGAGCCCAUCGCAGUUCACUCUGCUGGACACAGAGGGUCAGACCUGUCACUCCCCCUGUGACCUCCUAGCCUCCAGACCAGAGCUCCUGGAGCUACAGGUAUGGAGUCAGGGGAGCCAUCCGCCUGGCGGGAAAUCCAGGAAGACUUCCUGCAGGAGGCAGCAUUGGAUCUGCAUCUCAGCCUUACGGAUGGGGAGGAUUUUCUUUGUAGUUACUAAUUCAUUUGUCUUUGAUAUUAAAAAGGAAGUGAUAUUCAUUGUAGAGAAUUUGGAAAGCGUAGAAGAGUGUAAAGAAGGAAAUAAAAGUCUGCUGUUGUCGUCACCUAA